AUGGACAGCCUUCAUUCUUCUAUGCAAACCCAGCCGCCAGCUGCUCAAGACGAUUCGAAAUCUCCCCUAGUAGUGACCAUCGAACAGGUUCUGCAAGGGCACAAGGACGAAAUAUGGAACAUAUGUUGGAGUAAUAAUGGGAAAUAUCUUGCCAGUGCUAGCAAGGAUCGCACUGUCAUAAUCUGGAAGAAAGAGGAGGCCGAUAUACCCACCAGUGGCUGGAUUGCGCAGCAUAAAUUGCGCCACUCAUUCCCGGCUGUCUGCCUUGCCUGGUCUCCAGACGACUCUGUUCUCGUGACGAGCGCAGAUUCCAUGAUCAAAUUCUGGGAUACAACGACUGGAUCGUGUACCAACAUUGUCGAAAAGUCCUCCGAUACGAUCACCAAGCUCGAAUGGUUACCUGACGGAUCUGGGUUCAUCUCUGCUGGUUUAGAUGGGAAGAUUAUCUUCUGGAAUGCGAACGGAACGAUGAAAGAGUGCUGGGAUACUCAUCUCAAGGUGUUCAAAUUCACGAUAUCUCCUGACCUGACACGUCUGGUUGCCGUUGGCGAGCAAUCUUUCGUCAAGAAAGACAACCUGGGGACAUCGAAAUUACCAGAGGAUGUGACGAAGAAAAGGCGACUGUAUUUCUACCAGAUGAUCACGUACGAGCUUCCAACAGGGAAGAUACUGUCAACUAUAUUCUUCGAAGAUGGUCUGACCAGUAUUCGCAUCACCAAAGAUUCGAGAUUUGCUCUUAUCAAUUGUGCCCCCUGUGGACUUGAGCUCUGGGAUAUUUGCGAAAGCCGGAAGGUCGAAGCAUACGCUGGGCCAAAGCAAGAGCUCACGGUGAUUGGGAGUUGCUUCGGAGGCGAGGAGGAGAAAUAUAUCAUCAGCGGUAGUGAAGAUGGUCAGGUCUAUAUUUAUGAUCGAGACGAUGGUGUCCUCUUAAACAUCCUCUCUGGACAUGGCAAAGGCUGUGUCUCUACAGCUGCUGUCAACCCAUCUGAUCACGAGCUCUUUGCCACUUGCUCGGACGAUCGUACUGUUCGCCUUUGGCGAAUGACAGAUUCUUUCGAUAUCAUUCGGCCCUCCGAUAUACACGACGAUGAUAUUCACGAUGACAAUAGUCCUGUGGAUCCUGCUGAAGACUCCUGGGUUUCUGUUGAUGCAUUGGAUUGUGCUUGA